AUGACUAUACCUUAUCAUUUAAAUGUCAAUUGGGUAUCACCAAUUAUUACUGCUUUAUCAAUGUCAACAUGUUCAUCUAUGUUAAAUUUAACUUCAAAUUUAUCACAUUCAAUAUCAUCUUCACAAAUAGUAACAUCAUCACUAUCCCCAUCACCAUCACCAUCAUCAUCAUCAUCAUCAUCACGGUUAUUAAUGUCAUGUUUUCCACAGAUAGUAACAAAGUUAAGAGCAUCAUCAUGUUUUCCAUUUGAACGUCAAUCAGACAAUAUAUCCUUAUUAUCCUCUAAUUAUCCACAAAUUAAUAUAAAUAAUACAGAUAAUUUAAUGAAUCAUAAUCAUGAUAAUGAUGAUAAACCAUUAGAUUUAACAUUGAAAUCCUUUACAACAGUAAAAUCAAUUGAAUCUAUUACAAAAAAAUUGGAUAAUGAAAACUCUAGACGAAAAUCGAAUAGAACACGUUCACAAACUAAAAAAUCAAUAUCAUCUACAACAAUGAAAAUAACAAACACUUUAGAUAAAUUCAAUUCAAUACAUCAAGAUAUUCAAACAAAUCAUCAAGUUGAAAUGAUUCAACAAUCAGAAUGUAUCAUAUCCACAUGUACAAAUACUACUACUACUACUACUACUACUAAUAUAAGUAGUGUAGAAUUAGAUCAGAAUAAUUGGAUUGUAAAUAUACAAGAUUCAAUAAAAAUAAAUCAAUCUAAUCAAAAACAUCCAAGAUCAAUAUCUAAUCAUCGUAGACCAUUUAAAGUAUUUAGUAAUAGAGUUCCAUUAAUUUCUACAGAACUUUUAUUGAAAUCUUCUAAAUUGAUUGAUCCUUUAUUAUUAGGGAAUACGAUUGAUCAAUCUGUAAAUGAUGAUGUUAUUUCAGGUUCUGCUUCGGCUACUGCUACUGCUGCUGCUGAUGCUGAUGAUGAUGCUGCUGCUGCUGAUGAUGAUGAUGAUGAAUCGAAAUCUAUGGAACAUAAUAUUAAACAAAAAACUACAUCAUCAUCACAUACAUCACCUCUUUCAUCAACAUCAAUCAUUUCUAUUCCUAAAACAAAUAAGAAUAAUUCUAAACGGAAAUCACGUAGAUCUCAAAGUGCAUCAGCAAUUGUAAUGAUACCAUUCAAUCAAACUGAAUAUACUAAUGAUAAUAAUAAAAAUAUAAUAAUUGAUGAAACAUUAUCUACAACAAAAUCUUUAGAAACUCUUUAUAAACUUGAUAAACCUGUUGAUUCCCUCACAACAACAACAACAAGAACAACAACGGCGACGACAACAACCACAACAACGGCACAAUCAAUUAGAUCUAUUUCAUCAACGCCUAGUUGUUAUUCCAGUUAUACUGAAUUAAUCGAUCCCAAUCAACAUCAUAAUAAUAAUAAUAAUAAUAAUGAUUCAAUAAAUAUUAAACAUACAGAUUGUAAUCCACGUAUGAGACGUUUCCCUGAAAUGACACCAUCUGAAGUAAAAGAUAAAGCAUAUUGGGAGAAAAGAGUUAAAAAUAAUGAAGCUGCUAGACGUUCACGUAGAGCAAGAAAAACUAAAGAAUUAAGUUUAAAAAAAUAUGCUGAUAAUUUAGAAAAAAUAAAUUCAAAAUUAAUUGAAGAAAUUGAUUUAUUAAAAAAAGAAAUUUUACAUUUAAAAUCUGAAAAAAAAUCAAAUAGUAACUAAAUUUUUUAUAGAUUAGGGUUACUAAUAUCACUCCACCCAACCCCACCCCACCCCACCUCCAUGCC